AUGAACACUUCUGGGCUUUGUGUUUACUGAGACAGGUUAUGAUUCAGAUAGCUUGUAGUCACAUUGUUAGAAGGAUGAAUAUGAGGAACCAGGAACUGUCUAAAACUUCAUGAGCAAGUUCCUCACAGGUAGAAAUUAGCAUGAUCAGAAACAUGCUUGAAUCCAAAUGCUUUAGUGUGCAGAAAUAUAUAAUGCAAAGUUUGUCCUGCAGAGCAGGCUUACUUGAUCGCAUUAUAUUUUUAUGAAUUCUUCAGGUGGGUUGUGAAGGGAUCAAGCUUAGGCAGUUAAUCAAGUCAAAAUUCUUCAGCCUCUUGCUCUUGAGGUUCUUUUUUUGGACCCUCUCUGGAUGCCAUAGGGUAAGUUUUGGCAAUACCCAUGAAAGAAAACAGUACCCAGAAAGCUGCAAGUUGAUCAACAUAAAAGUGGAUUCCCCUCUUCAUGCUUGUAUAUCAUCUGAGCCAUGGAAAAUCGCUAGUCCUCUUCUGAUGAAGCCAGGUGAGUCUUCUUAUCUUUGUUCAGGUUCUGGCAAUUUUUCUACUGGUUUGAUAUGAUGGUCUGUUGAACUUGUGCAUAUCAAUAUAUGAAAAUUUGGCUCAGAUAUUUGUUGGGAAAAGAUAAAGGAGAACCCUGUUCAUUACUCGCCCGCAUAAACCAUAGAAAUCCAUGGAUGUAAUAGAGAGGAAAUAGCAGAUCUGCUUUUCUGUAUGUUUAUAUGAAUAUGGUUUUAUGGAGCUGUCCUGCUUAUUGUCAACCACUACUACUAAUAUCUUUCUGCCAUGCAGGUGAAGCAGAAACUUUCACUACAGGAAGAUAUUAGUGAAGAGUAAAAGUUUGUAGUCAACCAACAGAGCAGCAACCGACACCCCUGCACCUUGGAUUCUUGUUCCAUUGUAUGGCUAUUUUCAAUCACAACAUUGAAUCAUCGUUCGCCUUCAGCUCCGUUUGUACUGCUUUUUGCUAAUAAGUCAUAGCUAAUGUUAGAGCUUCCUUUUUUGGUGAAUUUGGUACAAACACUUGUGGGCUUCAACUGUCACUGAGACCAGUAGUGAUUCAGAGAGCUCGUAGUUAGAUAAGUUAUCAAUACAAUGUUAACUUUCUCAUAAUAAACCACCCUAGAAGCAUGAAAUUCUGGAACAAAUGCUGUGUAUAGGUAAACUUAGCUUGAUCAAAAAACAUGCUUGAAUCCAACUGCUGAUUGUGCUUGUCUUACCAUUUGCCUUUCUCUGCAUAAAUACAAAACAAAGGUUAUCCUACUGAGCAGCCAUGCUUGACUGUACUAUAUUUUUAAAGAACCUUUCCAGGUUGGUUGGGAUGGUCGAAUUCCAAAUCAUUUGGGCAGGUUUGAGCUUGUUCCCUAACCUAUUUGAGUGACUUAAAUAGUCCAAACAACAUUUAUUCAACAUCAGGUCCACCAACCUCAUCUUUUAUCAAGAAAACUAGUGACCUUAAGUUAAAAAUCCUGAACCCUCUGCUGUUUUUUUGUCUUCAAAGAACAUUAGAUGAUUGAUGUUAGGUUCAGCCCUCAUCAACUUCUGGCCUCUUGCUCUCUACAUUCUGUAGAGUGAAUUCCAAAAGAAGGUCCAACAGAGACCAUUCCAAAUAGAAGAACUCACCAUAUUCCGAAACCAUGCUGAACUUACACAAGCAUGAAAAUAGAAGAUAAGGAUCAAAUUGUUGGCGUGACCAAAUACAUGGAGAUCCACCAGAUGGUAGGUAAUCAGUCGUUGUCAAACUGAUGUGGCAUGGUGACGAGGAUGAACCAAGUUAACCAACUCACCAACCCAAUUGCCUAUUCAAGGCCAAGUUAUUACAGGACAGAUUCAUGGUAGAAAAUACGGAAGUCGCCGCCUGAUCUUUGUCUUGGAGGUUGACCACGCUUGAGUUCUGCCCAAACACGGCAAGACAAAUUACUGGCUGUUCAAAUCAAAAAAUGGAUUCCUUCCUUCUAUUUUUAUUCCAUUACCAUAAUCAUUUGGGAGAAAAGGGAUGAAAUGCUCAUUCUCACUCCUCAUUCCCAGGGAAUAAAAUAUUAUAUCAACACAGACAAUAAAUCAUUGUUGGUAUCAUCUGAUCGAUACUAUCCAGCAUUUCCUUUUCCUUUCCAUUCAUAGCUGAGUUUUCAGUGAUCUUUCCCUAGCCAUGGAAAACUGCAACUCCCCUUCAGAUCAGAAGUCAGAUGCAGUGACUGGAGCAGAGGUUGAGAGAGACACUGAGUUUAGGGUUCAUGUGUUCUCAUCAUCAUCUGAGUUGGUUGAAAAGCUGCAUGAGAAGUGGGACUCUGGGAAGGAGAAGCCAUAUCCAGCAAUGUAUUCCAGCGUUUUCGGUGGAAUUAUUCUUGAUCCAGCCAUGAUGGUGAUCCCAAUAGAUGACCAUAUGGUCCACAGAGGGCAUGGUGUGUUUGAUACAUCUAUAAUUCUCAAUGGAUACUUAUAUGAGCUGGAUGCCCAUCUUGAUCGGUUCCUCAGAUCAGCAGCAAAGGCAAAGAUUUCCUCCCCAUUUCCUCGGUCAACGCUUCGCAGCAUUCUUGUUCAACUGACAGCAGCAUCGCGAUGCACAGAAGGAACUCUAAGAUUCUGGUUGACUUCAGGUCCUGGGAAUUUCCUUCUCUCACCCUCAGGAUGCCCAACAUCUGCAUUCUAUGCUGUAGUCAUAAAGGAUAAGAUUUAUCAGCACAGAGAAGGGGUUAAAGUGAUAACAUCCACCAUCCCCAUGAAGUCACCUCUAUUUGCCACUACGAAAAAUGUAAACUACCUCCCAAAUGUCCUUUCUGUAAUGGAAGCUGAAGAGAAGGGAGCAUUUGCUUCCAUCUGGGUUGAUGAGGAAGGCUACAUUGCAGAAGGUCCAAAUGUGAAUGUGGCUUUCAUAACUCAUGACAAGGAGCUUAUCUUGCCAUUUUUUGACAAGAUCCUCAGUGGGUGCACUGCGAAGAGGCUUCUGGAACUGGCCCCCAAGUUGGUUGAGCAGGGACGACUGAAAGAUGUACGAACCGCCAAUGUUACAGUGGAGGAAGCUAAAGGUUCAGCUGAAAUGAUGUAUGUAGGAAGUACUCUUCCUCUGCUGCCAAUAGUCAUGUGGGAUGAAAAGCCCAUUGGAGAUGGACUGGUAGGUGAGUUAACGAUGGCGCUCUCGGAUCUCCUUUGGGAUGAUAUGGUAGCAGGCCCUAAAACACACAGGCUGCUGGUCACCUAUGCGUAGGAAACCAGUAAAUCAAAUCAGAAGAGGCCAGAGAAAUGCAUUUCUUAGCCUGCUUCUCAUCUUGAUGUGUGUUCUUGUUGAGCACAAUCAGUAUCAGCAAAGGCAUGCUCUAUGUUCAUGUCCCUUCUCUGUUUUAUCACCUUUGGGAAAAGAGUAUAGAAUAAAACAAUAAAAAGAAAGCUGAUCAUUAAA